UAACCGCCACCAUCCCAGUCACCAGCACCCACCACUCUCACACGACUUCCUCAUCAUAUCCACAUAAUGGCCGACGUUGACAUGGAUGUAGAUCCUCCUGCGACAAAGGGAAAGAAAGACGGCAAAGACGCCGGAAAACCCAGAUUCGAGGUCAAAAAGUGGAACGCUGUAUCUUUGUGGGCGUGGGACAUCGUCGUUGAUAACUGCGCCAUCUGCAGAAAUCAUAUCAUGGAUCUUUGUAUCGAUUGCCAAGCAAAUCAAGUAUCCGCCACUAGUGAGGAGUGUAACGCGGCAUGGGGCAUUUGUAACCAUGCGUUCCACUUUCACUGCAUCUCUCGUUGGUUGAAGACGAGAAAUGUCUGCCCAUUGGACAACCGUGAGUGGGAAUUGCAGAAAUACGGGCGGUAGACAGGCGAUCUUCCCAUUUCUCUUUGUGUAUAUUACCAUAAUCAACUCCCUUUCUUCUCUGACGACGAUUUCAA